AUGAUGCCACCGACGAAGCUGCUCUUGAUAUUCUUUGUCUUCCUCGUUGCAAAUGUCAAGGUACUAUUUUUGAUUAUUUAUUUGUUAUUUCUUGAUUCAACUUGUUAUGCUGCGACCUUUGACGAAUGUGCCUUUCUGUCCGACGAAUUAUUAGGAUUUCGAAAUGAAGUGUUCUUUUAUUUUUUGCAGUUCGGAUUUGAAAAAUUAUUUGGGCUUUAUUCCGGAAUUUAGGCGGCUUUUUUUCAAAUUCAAGGCUGCUUUUUUUUGUGAAAAAGUGAGGUUUUACGCAUUAAUAUUGUAAAAUGUGUUUUCCUUAAGAAAUUUUUUUAGGACCCUAGAAAAAAAUAUUCUGAACUUUCCUUUCGGCAAAAAGACGAGUAAAAAAAUCAGUUGGUCACGUUUUUCGAAAUUAACUAUUUGAACUAUUUGGUGAGCUUAAAAAAAUGUUUUCUAAUCAAAAAAAUCCGUUUUUAACCCUCUCUUCAUAUUUAAAGGGAUUUUUUUUAUGUUUUAAUCAUUAAAGAAAAAGUUCUUAUUUGUCUUUUUUUAUUCGGUUUUGAGCGGGUUUUUUCAGAUUCUAACUGAAAAAUUCUUUCUGAAAAAAAUCGAGAAUGUUCGCAUUUUUUUCUUUUUGAAAAAAAUAUGAAGAAAAAUUAAAUUUUUUUUGGAGGAUUGUUGAGAAAAAAAUUCUGGAUUGUUUUUUUGAAAAAUCGAGUCAAGCAAAAACUAGUUAAAAGCGAAUCGUCAUUUUUUUCAAAUUAACAAUAAAAGUUCUCAGUUUCUAUUACCUUUUUCUUCGUGUUGACCGAUGUUUAAAGUUUCAGUCAAUAAAAAGAGAUAAUUUCAUUUUUUUUUUUUAAUUUGAACAUGACACCACUUUCCACUGGUACAAAGAUCAAAAUUGAAACUUUCUCGAUGAAACAAAGAAACUUUCGCUUGUCAAAACAAGAAGGAAGUUGUGAGAUGACAGAAUGGCAACCUUGUGAACCGGUCUUUCCUAUCAAAUACCAAGAAACGGCUGUUUCCUUUUCAGGCCCAAGACUUCAUGUCGUUUCUCUCACCGUUCCUCGGUGGCGGCGGCGGCGGCGGUGGAGGCGGUAAUCCGCUCGGUGCCGCUGGGGUGAGCCAGACAAUUUAUUGGAAUAACAGUGGAGAUAAGAAGCAUAUAGUCGAUAGAUAGGGACUCUAGGGGGAGUGGCCUGUCUGUGCUCUCUACCAACCAGGCACUUUCUCUUACAUUAUCGUGUCAGGACCCAUUUCUCGAUGGCUCAAGUCAGCCGUGAAUCAGCUGUAUAACCUGGGUACCACGACUUGGAAUUUUACGGAACGACAUUCCGCUGUGCCGCUGCGCGCCUUUGCGAACCUUGGUCGCGCUUUUUAUUAUUUUGAUUUUAUUAAGGUACUCUACUUUCAUGUGCUCCCACAGCAAUAACAAUCAAAUGAAAGCGUGACCUAUAUUCAAAAAACGCUUCGCGAACACACGCAGCGGAACAGCGGAAUGUCGUUCGGUGAAAUUUCAAGUCGUGGCACACAGACUAUAACUAUAAAGUGCUCCGUGCGAGACGGUCUUCUUUUGAAAAAAAAAUAGAAAAAGUAUUGUCAGCUUUUCCGUAAACAGAUUUAACGAAACCAGAAGUUUUGAAUAUCACAAUGUUUGAUGGAAAAAUCGGUCCAAUUUUUGAGAUGGCAUUUUUUUCAAGUUAUCUAAGUUUCAAAAGGUUUUUGGGCUUUAUUAUGUUGAAAACGGUUUCAAAGUACGUAGGCUUUCAUAAUAAGUCCAGCUUCAAAGUCAGUCCUUAGGAAAUCUGUCAAAAAAUUCACAAGACAACUUGGGUCCUACAACGAUGAAUCACGGUAUAGUGCCUUCAUGGAUGUUUUAGUUAAAGUGCCCUUAUAAAUUCUCGGAAGAAGAACUCAUAUUUGAACAAAUUCGGGAAUUUGAUUAUUUACCUGUUUCAAACGAUUUACAAAAGGGUAUUUCUUUUUUUCGAAGUUGAUUCUUUUCGUCCGUAAUUACGUUUACUUCUGAAGUUGAAAUUCUUGAACUCUAGAGAUUCUUUUCCUCACUAGCAAUAUCAUUUACAGCCAUUUAUUUUUUUAAACAUUUUUUUAGCUUCAACAAAAAAAUGAUCAAACAAUUUAUGAACGUUUUUUUAAAAAAAGAAAGAAGAGUUUUUUUGUCGAAAAAAAUUCAAACUUGAAAGAGUUGAAGUUCAUUUAUAGCUAUCUUGAAAGUCCUAUGUUUAUUUCAUAAUGAAAAACUUCUCAAAUUUUGUCAUGCUACUUAGACUUUUUUUCUUCUUUCUUUAAUAAAAUCGGUUUUCAGGGUCUUUUCCAACAAUUUGCGCCCAGCGGAGGCGGCAACGGCGGUGGUUUCGGAGACCUUUUCAAACUUGGAUCCAGCUUUUUAAAUGUAAGUUUUAUAAGCUCUAAACUUCAAAAAAAGGGCGGAGGAAAGUUGAGCUUUUCGGUCAUAGAAGAAAAAAAAAUUGGAGUUUUUCGUGUCAAAACAUAGGUGAUUCAUCUGUUUCGAACUUUUUUUUAAAAUCCGUCAUUAAUUCAUUUUUUGAUGGAAGAGACCGAAGCUGUAAUUGACUAUAUCUUACAAGUUUGUUAUUUUGAAAUCUCGAACGCUGUUCUGAGAAAUUCAAACUCGAAAGAGUUGGACUUCAUUCUUUAUUUUUCUUGGUUGUAGGAAAAACGAAUAAAAAAAUUUAUAUUUUACUGUGACACAAUAGAUUAUUUAACUGUUUCAGAGCCGUUUCGAAAAAAAUAUUAUUAAUUUAUGUUUCACUUAGACCACCAUUUAUUUUAUAGAAAAAAAUAUUGUCUGUAGAGCGCAAAUGAUUGACUAAUAGUGGCUAAGUUAGUUUAUAAUAUUUUUUUAACUUUUUUUUAUUCUAAAAAGUUCAGUCUUAAAAAGAGUCGAACUUCAUAUGUUAUUGCCUUGAAAAAUAGAAGAAGAUUCUAGAAAAACGAAAAAAAGUUAACUUGAACACGUUUUUUUGUUAGAAAAACAGAUCGUUUUUUCAAAAACGUUUUUUUGAAAAAUUUUUAAUAAUUCAUUUUUUUGAUCAAUUUGAGUUUCAAAAAAAUUUCUAAAAUGCGCAAAUGGUUGAAUAGAUUUUUUUAUUAGCUCAAAAUUUUUGAAAUCCGAAGCAAUCCCCCUCUGCACGUUUUUCAACAAAAAGUUUUGUUUUUUUUUGGAGUUUUGCAUGAAUAUCAGUUCUGCAUGAGUUGUAGACUAGAAACUAAAAAAACUUUUUGUUUUUUUCUUCAAUUUUGGGUGAAACCGGCGAACAAGCCACGGAGGCAUUUUGGAAGGUUCCGUAAAAGGAGACGUCAGUUGGCGCGAGCGAGAAAGGCACGAAAUUUUCUUUAAAAAUAAUUUAUAGUUUCAAAGGCUUUUGGAGAAUUUAAAAAAUAAAAGAUUGUUGUCCCAAGCUAGCUGUGAAAAGGAUGCUACUAUAAGAGCGAGUUUUUCAUUUCCGAAGAGUACGGUAUGGUAAAAUUCUGAGGUGUUCUUUCUGUGUGUCUGCAUUUUCGCGGCGGGACAUUUUCGAGUGUCCGCUUUUUUGCAUUUUUUCUUUUUGAAUUCUAUCAGAAUGGAUUUUAACUACAUGAAACAGUUGAAAUACAUGAACUAUUCAUUUUAUUUUAAUAAAACUAAAACUAAAAAAUAAAAAAUCCAAAAAGGCGGAAAUAAACUAUUCAAAAAAAGUCACGCACAAAUGAGUGUAAACACAAAAUGAACAGCACAGAAUGCGGACUUUUACAUACAGUACCCUUCGAAAAUGGGAAAAUUUGUUUUCGACAUUUUGAGCGAUCAUGUUUGAAGUAAUACUUUUUUUAACGUUGUUGUGUUCAGAGAAUGCCCCCGCCAGGACAACCGGCCCCGGCGGCUGGACCUCGACCAGCCCCAGCGCCUGUCCCGACCGACGCCGACUAUGCGACUGAUCUCGAGGUAUGAUCUCGGAGGUUAGUAUGAGCGCGAUUCAGAAUGAAACAGUUUCGAAAAAUGAAUUUGUAAGAGUUUCCAAGGCCUCAGAACAGUGUAAAAUUUAUUUUUUGUGCUUUUUCACAAUUUUCCACCAACUCAAGACUAUUUUCAAUAAUAACUUCCAGUCGGUCAACGCGGCUCCAGCCCGAACCCACGCCGUCCGCACAAAUCCGCAUCCAAGACCUUCUCAAGGUGACUACGACGAUAAUAUUGACAUGUCUUUAACCCGUAUCGGUUAGCAACCUUAUCACCCUUAUCUGUACAUAACUUAUGCAAAGAUUUGAUAUGAAAUGAAGCUUUUCCCUCGAAAAUUGUUCGUGUUACAGGCCACAACGGGCAACAAGCGUCGCCUUCGAUUUUCAAGUAUGGAAAAGGGGUUUUUGAGCAGGGGUAGAAAGCCUGGUUUUGAGGUUUAUGGACGACGUUUUCCUGACGACGGCGGCUCCAAAAACGACGCCCUUCACCUUCGCGCCGUUCACCUUCCCGACGGUCGGAUCGACGACUCCCUUCACUUUUCCGACGAUUGCCACCCCUCCGGUGACUCUGAAGCCCGUGAUUCCCACCACGGCCAGUCCCAAACUCUUUGCUCACAAUGCGGCCAGGGUCAGUUUUUCGUUGAAAAUGGUUUCGGAAUGUCAGAGGGGUCCCUAUAGUGGCAAUUUAAGGCGCAAUCGAAGGUAGCCCUCUCGGGACGUCCUCCUGCUUUUAAACUUUUUCAAGUUCAUUUAUUGAUUUUCGAAGAUUUUGAACGUCUCAACCCUGCACAACUUUCUCCUUUUUGAGAAAGGAUACCCCAAAGUCAAAAAAAAAACCGUUCAAACCUGUAGAAAAAACAAAUUUGAGACUUUUAUGGGCUUUAUGUGGAAGAAUAAUGAGGAUUCUGAACAAUUAUGUAGAAUUUUCCGACAGCAAAAUGAACCGUCUAACCCUACCUAAAUUUUUUUUUCUACCGAAGUUGAAGUGAUUAGGAAAAAAAUUAAGUCCUUUUUCUGUUUCAAUGCCGUGAUUUUAUUUUUCAAAUUCAAUUUUAAAUUAGUUGUGCUGGCCUGUACACAGGAAAAAAAUUGAAAAAUUUUGUCUGUCUCUGAAAAAAAAUCGGUAAAAAAAGAUGAUAAGGGGAGAUUCAAAGAAAGUUGUCACCUUUCCAAAAAAUCAAAAGGAUCCGUCAACUUUUUUUUGAUACGUUUUUGAGGCCUUUGGACUGCAAAAAUGGCUUUUUAAAAAACUGAAAGCAAAAGAUUAUUUGUUUUCAAGAUGAUCCGCGAGAUCGCGACGUUUUCCGACACCCACGGCGGCCAAAAUCAAGACUACGGGGCUGUUCAAAGUCUAAUGGAGGCUUUUUUCGAAGCCGUCGCUACGAAUAAGCCAACUCCUGCUGUUAGUAACGUACUUCAAUCACAGUAAUUUGAAGGAAAGCUUUUUAGGACGUCCCAAUCAAAGCUUGGACCGACGGGACCGAAUUGGGACCAAAUCGAGUUCUAACCAACAAAUUAUUCGAGUCGGAUAUGGUUCUCACUGUGAGGCAAAUGAAAGCGUGAGGAAUUAUUUUUAAUUUAUUAAAUUUUUCAACCUCAAUUUCAGCCAAUUUUUUUAAAUUUAAAAAAAUGUAAAGGGAACCCUCAAAAAAAGCUUUUUCUAAAGGGUUUCAAAACUUUGCUCAGCCUUACUUUUUGCAAAAAGAAGUUUUAAAAGAAAAAUUUUAUGUUUUUUUCAAAGAUUUCCUGAAAAGUUUUCUUUCAGCACCUUCUCUUCGUAAUUAUCCACUUUAUGUCAAAGACUCUCAAAAAAAGCUUAAACCUUGAUAAUUUUUUUUCAAAGGGCACAUUACAAUCUAUCCAUAAGUGUUCCAUGAGUCAUCCGCUUUCAUAAACGUACAUUACACACGAAAAGCCUCGACUUUUUUCCCCCAUUUACAGCGUCGUUCUCGCCGCGCAACAACAGCGUCAAGGUCGCCGUGUCAAGCGUAAAGUUCGUUCCUUCUCUCUUUUUUGCAAGCUUUUCCUUGAUUUCUUGACACGUCACGAGAGAUUGUUACAGGUGAUCACUGGGGCCGUCUACCGUUGGCCAACAGGUCCGAUUCCCUACCGUUUCAAAGGAGGGGAUGGUAGAUGAGACUUAUUAUCAAAAUCAAAUCGGGAAUUUACUUCAGAGGAAUGGAAAGGACUGAUCAAGAAAGGAUUGAACCUCUGGGAACGAGAAACUUGUGUCCGAUGGCAGGAAAAUGGACCCGGAAAGGAUUAUGUCAUUUUCUUUAGAGGCUCUGGGUGAGUUUUCCUUUAAAAAGGAUUCACAUUAUCAAAAUGAACGGAGAAAUACAAAAAAUGAUCAAUCUAAAAAAAAUUUGGUUUGAAAUUGAUUGACAUGAUCAAAAUAAACAGAGUAAAUUCAAAAAAAUCGUGAAUUUCGAUUUAGAUAAUUUCUUUUUGAAACAAUUGACCUUACGGAUUCUAAAUGUAUUUCUAGAAUUAAGAACAGACUAGACGAGAAAAAGUAUACUAAUUGAGCCAAUGCUUCAAAAAAAUGAAUUAUUUAUUUGUUUUCUGAAAAAAAUUGACAAACAAUUAACAAAUUUUUUUCUAAGUAUAAUCUUAUGCUUUCUUAUGAUGAAUUAUCAAUGAUAUAGGUUAGAUUCGAUUCUAUUUUGGAAAAUGAUUGGAAAAGUCGAAAAUUAAAAUAAAAAAAGCAAAAAAAAAAUGUCUGCUUGCAAUGAGUGCGCUCCAUCGAAUAGUUUUGUUGAUUCGAAUUUUUUACGCGGGUUUUUUUCCUUUUUUCUUUUUUUCUUUUUCCUCUUUUCACUCCUUUCCUUCUAUAGCCUAUUCCGCGCCAGCUUGUCACGUUUUUCUUCCCGCCAAAAAAGACUGUAUACCAAAUUAGAUAAAAUUUCUGCUUUUAUAACGGCAAGAAACAAAGGUCUUGAAGCGAAAGUUGGUUAAAUUUGACCUGGCCUUUUGGCGGAAAGAAAAACGUGAGAAGCUAGCGCGGAAUGGCCUAUAAGAGUAUUGUUUUCUAUUGGCUAGCCGAAAAAUGACUGGCAAUGAAAUAUUAUCAAUAAAUAUUUCUUUUUUCAUGAUAAUUUAUUUACUUUAUUUAUCAAUCGCGAAAAAUUCUACAUUUUUGGCGCUCUUUUUUUAUAGUCUGUUCAGAUUUUUAAUGUCAAGUACAAUGACGUCAUUCAAAAAUACUCCGUUGAUGGCUCGCUCUCUUAUUUUAUUUAUCGCACCAUGAGGGGUGGAGCUUGAGCGAUAACUUGACAUUCAAAAUCUAAACAGACUAUAACACCUCUAUGAUUUAUUUACUUUUUCUAUUGUCUCAUUAGAAACGCGAAACGGACGUGCUCCGGAUCAGCUUGUGUGUCAGGCGUGGGCCGGGCUUCGAAAUUGGCCGAGGCUGAGCAGGGCCGGCCACCGCACAAGCCUCCGGACGUUUAUGAACAUUUCUAGGGAUCACUUAAGAAUGCUGACGCUGCUUGGGUCACUAGAAAUGCCCGGACACGUCCGUUUCGCGUUACUCGGACAUUGGUAACGUUAAUCCUUGAGGAUCAUUCCGAGAAGGCCUUCUCGGAAUGAUUCCGCGAAAUUCAAAUAAGGGGCCAACAGUGAGGAGCGAUUUCGCGAUUUUAAGUUUACUGCUAUUUCAUUCGUCUUUUGCAAGAACACAGAACAAAAAAGCCCUCAGCUGCUUUUAAGAACAUCGGGCUGGUACCUGGUAUUUUUAGCCGGCUUCGCAGUUGAUCUGACUCUGUCCGCCAUGGACCCAGUUUGAAAACGUCUUCGCGACGAUUUCUUGUCAUCGCAAUUAACUGAAUUUUUAAAGAUAAAAGACUUUCAAGUGCGGAAAAAUAGGAUAUAAUUACAAAAGUUGAAUUGAAAAGAGCUGCUCGUGAAGUUAAAUUAUUUUUCGAAACAAAAACCUUCAAAACCUCACAUCAGUUGUUGCAGUAGUAGUCGAUCGACAGUUUCCAACACGCUUUUUCGUUCCCAAUUUUCAACAUUUGCUCCAGACGUUCUUUCUGAAGGAAAAACAAUAAAAAAGAGUUUUUUAAAAAUAUGAAACUGCUUUUAAUUGAAGCUGCUGUCGAAUCUCCAUCGCCUGAUCAGAAAACUUUCGUUGAGAGCUUCCUGCAAUAAUUUCAACUUGAAAAAAAAAGAUCGGUUGCAUUAUUCGAAUCGCAAUGUUUUGAAAGAUUAGCUAUGUAAAUUCGUAAGUAAGUUAGGAAAACUUUAUACAUUCAGAAGAACUAACUAGGCGGUGCGCUAGAGCUCCGCUCGGCCUUGUCAGAACUAAGAAUCCUAGACGCCGAAAGCCGUGACGGCAUUUUCCGCGGGGGUCCCAUCAUCGCUUUGCCAGCAUCGCGCUGCCAACAGUUUGUGCCUCGGCCACCGGAAUGGGCUUCGGCGUGACUUUGCGUAUCCAAUUUGCAAGCAAAGAGGAUCGGCACUCCGGGAGUCCCGCGGGCCUAAUCUACUAGCGCUUACAACUCAGAAACUUAUUUUGGAAGUUAGGAGUUUAAUGGAAGUUCAAAACUCAUCUUGACGUUAAAGUGCAGAAGCAAGACGGAGUCGUAAGGGAAUGAGAAAUGAUAUUUGAAUCCAGGUCAUGCAAGAAGAAAUGACACGUUGUCACGUGGUUUUUUUGUGAGUGUUAUUUUUUCGAUAUCAAAAAAUGACCUUGCCACGGGGUUCACGUUUUUUUUUUGCAGAGAAUGAAGUUUUUUUUCUAAAUAAAAUUAUGGGUUGUAUGACGUGAAAGCUAGCGGAGACACUAAAAAUUUUUUUGAAGUUCAAAUUUUUUAAUUUUUGGGCUCCUUAAUUUUCUUUUUCCGCGGUUUCUGUAUCGUUUUCUCCUCUUGUAGAAACGAUUCGCGUCACUUAGAGCCAAAUUGAAUCAGCAAAUGCACGUCCGUUUCGCGUUACUAAUGAUACAGUAGAAGAAAGCAAAAAUCAAAGAGGUGAAUAAGAAAGAAAAUUUCAGAUGUUACUCAUCCGUUGGACGGACAGGAGGCUCUCAAAUGAUUUCUAUUGGUUAUGGAUGCGAAGAUGUAAUUUCAGAAUGUGUUGUAUUCACGGAAAAUGAUUCGAAAUUCCAGACGGGCAUCAUUUCACACGAAGUUGGCCAUUCGCUUGGUUUCUGGCACGAACAAUCGCGUCCGGAUAGAGAUCAGUACAUCGAUUUGAGGUUCGAAAUUGAAAAUUGCAAAUUAUGAUCGAUUUUUGAAGAAAAGAAUGGAUCAUCAAGGGAACCGACGGGAAUUUCGAGCGAAGAAGUUGGGAGGAAAUCGAAGAUAUGGGCCUUCCCUACGAUUUGGGAAGCGUCAUGCACUAUGGAGGGCUUGUGAGUGACUCAGAAUUUGUUCAAACACUUUUGUUGGUGAUUUUAAAAGAGUAUCAACAACUUUUGGUCUCAAGACCAAAAAAAGGGAGAAAUGUAUCGAUUUCAAGAAUUUGAAUAGCGAUUUUAAAUUGGUUGAAAGAAUUCAAAAAUUUUAAUAAUAGGUCUUUUGCCAGAUUUAACAGGUAAAAAAGUUUUUUUUUUCAAACUUUCUCAUUUUGAAUUUUUAAACUAUGUUCAUUUAAAUCUUUUUCAUCGUUUUGAUUAUUUCCUAUGUUCUCGAUUUGACUCAAAAAACACUAUUUUUUCUUCUUUGUUUAGGCAGAAUAAUUUUUUUUGAAAAUCCGAAGAUUUUCAGCGUUUAGGUGGUUCUAACCUUGAACCGAAGAGUUUUGAAAGUUCAAAAUAUUAUUGUUGUAAACGUUUCCAAUCAAUUUAUUCAUAGAUUUUCCCACAUCUUGAAAAAAAGCAUUUUCCAGGCGUUCACCAAAGACUGGGACCAAGUCACGAUGGCCACUCGGGACAAGAAAUUCCAGCGGACGAUUGGACAAAGGGCCAAACCGUCUUUCAUCGAUGUCAAACAAGUCAAUCGGCUCUAUUGCAACAGUGAAAAAAUACUUUCCGGAAAAGUAAAUAGAAAUAUUUGCAGACGUGUGCCCGCAGAUGGCCUGCGAACACGGCGGUUAUGCCGACCCGAACGAUUGUUCCAAGUGCAAAUGUCCUGAUGGGCUGGCUGGAAGGACGUGUGAGCUGGUGGCGCCUGGAACUGAUGGUUAUCACUUUUCUGGCGCUAGUGACCUUUAAUUCCACAGAAAAAGUCACCAAGUUGCUCAUUUUGAAAAGAAUAAGUCAAAGUCAGCUACAUAGAACCAAAAGGAAACGUUUCAAAGUUAAGGAAAGUUUUAGAAAAAUUUAAAAAUCGAUAUUUUGAAGAAAAACUUCCUUUUUUGGAUCAGUUUUUUUUUCAUUUUUGAAUCAAAUGAUGUUUUGACGCCACAAGGCCUUCAAAGGGAAGCUAAAAAAAAGUGCGCAAAAUUUUAAGAAAAGAAUUGAAUGUUGAAAAACAUUUUUUUAAAUGUCGAUUUCAAAAAAACUUUUGGUUUCUCUCAAUAAAAAGAAGUUUACAGAAAAAUAAUCAUUUUAUUCACUUUGCAAUAGUUGAAUCAUGGCCAGAAAACAAUUAGAUAGAGAAAUAAAAAUUUUUAAAGUUAUACGAAAUUUCCUGAAAUUAUUGAAUAGGUUUUAAAAAAUGAAUCUUUUUAAUAUCAUUUCGAAAAUAGUUUCGAUUCCCCUUAUCAAAAAGUUGCAGCUGGAUGUGGCGGCGAACUGAUUGCGACUGGAGAAUGGCAGGUUCUCAACUACAGAGGUAAACGGAACUGCAAUUGGAGGAUCAAAGUUUGAAUAUCUAUUGAUUACGUGAAAAGACAAUGAAUCAGGCGCCAAAUUCUCGGAUCCGGUUCAUUUUGAACGAAAUCCGCUACCGGUGUGAGCAGACCUGCAAGGCCUUCAUCGAAAUCAAGUCGAACUCGGACUUCCAGCAGACCGGCUUCAGAACUUGGUAAGAGUCAGAAGGGGCUGAUGAAAAACUCAGUUAGUGAGGGGGGGUUCUUUCAGGUUCAAGUUCGAAAACGGUACCAAGUUUUCCUGAUCCUUGAAUGAUUAUCAAACUUACGAAGAAGAUCAUUUUAGCUCGAAGUAGGAACAAACUUUCGAGUUUUGAGUUUUGAAGUAUUAUAUCGAAAUUUUAGGAACGCCCUCCCCCUAUAGGGGCCACUAGCGGUUGCAAAAGUUGUUCCUGUAGGGGAGCAUGUUAGUCGAUUGGGUUAUGAACUCUAUGAAAAGAAGCAUUUCCAUGAAAAAAUCAAUAAUUUAGCGUUUUUUGAAGAAAAAAUAGCAACAGAAUGGAUCGAGUUUGUCUUUUCAAUUUUUUGAUGUGAACAAAAAUUCAUAAAAAAUACCCUAUAGGGACUACUUAAGCUUUUGUGGCUGGCCCUUGACCUCUCUAAGGGUCACUAUUUCGUUCCCUAUAGGGGUUUAACUCCUAUAGGGACCAUUCUGUAGUGCCGUAUAUGUAAAUUUUUUAGAAAAUCCCAAAUUUUGCAUUAAACCUGUCUGCGCUCUCUACCAAUCAAGAACUAUCUCUUUUUUAUUGUGUCAGGACCUUUAUUUUUGAUGACUCAAGCCAACCAUGAAUCGGCUAUAUCAAAAGAAAUUAGGUCGAGCUUCUUCUUUCAGUUGCUUCGAGGAGCACGUCGACUCCAAGUCGGACCAAUCCGAGAUGUUGGUCAUGUCCAACGCCAAGGCCAUCGAUUACGAGGUCUCCUUUGUCCUGAAGUACAUCGCCGACAACGGACAGCCUCUCCCGACCCCGCCGCCUUCGACUUGGGUGCCCGGAAAGGAGAAUCGGCCCUUCCGUGGCGAUACCGGAGGCCCUAUCGAGAAGUUCAUCCUCAACGCCAUCCCCAAGAUUCGGUAGGAUGUUAAGACUCUUCCUCAGAACGAAGAGAGUUUACUCGGAAUUUGAGACUCAUUUUUCUGAGAGAUAACUUAGGAGUGAGGUCGGAGGCGGUAUAUUGACGACAUCACGAAUGAAAUCCAUUGUCGCCGCGUUUUUCUCGUUCUCAUGCGCUCAAAAAAAAGCUUUAAAAUUACCAAAAUGCAAUAUUGCGCUAAGGAGAAUGCGAGAUCGCGUCGAGGCUUAAAACGAGUACUUUUGCGAUGUCUUCAAUGUCCCUCCAGCGAUAUCGCGUUGAUCGGAGCGUGUAUUCUUUAUGGGGCAGUAUAAGUCAUAUUUUUAGUUAAGCAUUUUCUUAAAAAUGCAAUUUAAGUCUUAUUUAAUAAACAUUUUCAGUUUAUCUCAAAUUAUGAAAUAUUCGAACCGAGUAGUUCUCAGGAAAAUUUACUAUCAUUACUAAUGAAAAAGGUUGAACGUGAUUUCAAAAGAGUCAAUAAAGAACAAAAAUUCAGAGCGCUGACGAUUUUUUUUUCAAGUCUUUCAAAAUUCAAAUAUUUUACUCAAGCUCUCACAACUCUUAUCGAUUUUCUUUUACUUCAAAAUCUCCUCUAAUCAGUUUUCAAGCUUUCGUCAACUUGACGCUCACCUUGAUCGUAAAAAAUUAACUGGCCGAGGCUUCCAAAAAUUAUUUUCAGCUUUUCCCUCGUUUUGUCGUAAAAUGUGUACUUUUGAGUUGUUUAAGAGGAAAUCAAUGAAUUUUCUUUCCAGAGAUCCGAAUCGGCCACUGGAAAGCGUGGUGAGCAUCGUCACACAGUAUGGUUUGGCCACCUUAUUCGGCGUUUCUCAGCAGUAG